ACCAUAGUAGGAUUGACACAUUCGUGGGCGGGCUUUAACGUUACCUGAAUAGUCUGCUGAACAGUAUCUUAGGCGAUUUCUAAACUAUAUCAACACAGACCCACUAUAUUAGAAGAAAUGGAGGACACAAAGCCUGAGGAGACGAAUGUGGAUGAGCAGAAAGAUGAGGAGAAUAAGAUCUGUCCAGAGAAACUGGAGGAAGCCAAACUGAAGGCCAAAUACCCUCAAUUGGGUAAUAAGCCUGGAGGAUCCGAUCUGCUCAGAAAAAGACUGCAGAAGGGGCCAAAGUACUUUGACUCAGGUGACUACAACAUGGCGAAGGCCAAGAUCAAGAACAAGCAGCUUCCAGCGGCACAGACAGAGAAGACCGAGAUCACCGGAGACCACAUCCCCACCCCUCAGGAUCUGCCACAGAGGAAACCCUCUCUGUUGGCCAGCAAACUGGCUGUCUGAUACCUGCUGCUGUCCUCCACUCCACACUCACAAAUCAUGUCUCUUCAUCCAUUAAUGUCUGAUCCUGCCCUCAUCCUCUCUUGUUUCCUGUCCUCUGAAAAUACACUGAAUAGUCAAGGGUUGCAGAUGUUACAGAGCUGCACUGCCGCACUGUGAGGUGGGUUGGGUCGUGGCUCCAAAGGGGGUGAAGUUCUCCGAAGACUUCUGGUAUUUUUAAUGUGUCGUAGUAUGUAGUUGAAAGAGUACAUAUUUGCUAGUGAGUGAGGGCAAACUGCAUUUUAGAAGAUGUUUUGUAUUUUAAUUAUAACCAUUCCUGAAUUACCCACUGCUUCGAGGACAAGGUCACCCAAAAAUGAAGAUUCUAUCAAUUGCUUUAUUUCCUCCAGUGAACGCAAAAGGAAAUGUUUAGUGGAAUGUCAAAGUUGCUCUUUUUCAAAGGAAGUCUAUAAAGGGAAAGGGUUGUAGAGAUCCGGGAAUUUCAAAACACUGUACUGGAAGUAGUCCACACACCUUGUUCCAACCAUGGAGGUCACUGAGAUACAGACCUCUGCAUUUUUUCUAGGCGUUUUAUAAUAGUUGUUCAAUAAUUACCUAAUAAUAACUGUACUUUGUUAUAAGGAUGUUGUACAAUGCCAAGAUAAUGGACUUACCUAUCUGAGCUGAAAAGCGCUCAUCAGUAUCAAAAUUAUUAAGAGUUCCAAUCAAAUCAGAGAAGGCUUUUACUGUUACUGUUUACAGAAGCCAAAUGUGAAUUCCAACAUGGAGCUUCAGUUGUAACAGACAAAAAGUCUGGUGUAACUAGGUCAACAUUUGAUAUUUGGCAACAGUGUUGCCAUGCUUUUAUCUUGUGUCUUCUGAAGCCAUACCAUAACUUUGUGUUUGGGAAUUAAAUUUAACAUUUUUCCCCUCCAUAGUUUUCAUAUCAAAUCAAAUGCUCGCGCUUGAUUGAAUGCUGAUGCAAAAUCACUAUACAAAAGAAUGUUUGAAUCUAUAUGAGCGUAAAUAAUAAAAUGUUUUAGCAAAUUACAUCUUAAGUUAUUACAUUGCUUCAGAAGACCUAAUAUAAGAUCCAAAGAAAGACACGUGCAGUUGGAAUGACAUAAGAGUAAAGAGGAAAUUGUGCUAGAAUAUUUUUUUCGGGGUGAGCUUUUCCAUUAAUCAUGGAGUUAAGUGCUUGAAUCCAUAAUGAACUGAAGGUAAUCUCCAAUAAUGUGGUUUAUCUGCACACUGUUUCUUUCAUGAGAAUGCUUUUUUUCUUUUUGUCAGGUUUCAGGUUAGUCAUGGUUGAUAGCAUGUAAUGCAGAUCUCUGAGGCUGCUGUCACCUUGUCUCGUACCAUAGAGCUUAAAGCCUUAUGAUGAUGUAGUGCCAAUGCACAGAUUGGCAAUCACAAGCAGUUCUGUAACUCCACACGUCACUAUCAUACGUCACUUGUGUCUGGUUGUAGAGUCCAGGCAGUGAGGAUGCUUCUCCACCUUCUCUCACCAAUCUCCUGUACAUCGUCUUCUAUGCAGAGGAGGGAGACAGCUGCCUGUCCGCUCCUCACACCACAUGGUCACACUACGUACAGUAAACUCCACGGUUUGCAUGAGCAUAAACUGUGGCCGCUUUUGAGCCAUUUUGACUUGUAAAUAAAAUAGUUUUGCAAACCUUC